GCAGGCAUUGCGAUGGCUUCCGUCGGCGCUGAGGUUUUGGAGAAGUUCCGGCUCUUCUGCCGCGACGACUUUGAGGGAGACUGGGCGAAAGUGGCAGAGCGCAGCUUUGGACGGGUCUACCGCGUUAAGCUCAAGCUCUGGAGGGAGAACUGCGCCCUCAAAUGCUUCUCCAACGCCAGCCACUACAGGGACCUGAUGGAGGAAGUGACCAAGCUGGGGAAAGUGAAGUUUAAGUACAUCACCUCCGUCUACGGCAUGUGCAACGACCCGCAGGCCGUCGUGAUGGAGUACAUGAACAAAGGCUCUCUGGACGGCCUGCUGUCCAGCCACACGCUCAUGUGGCCCAAGAAAUUUCAGAUGAUCCACGAGAUCGUCAUGGGAAUGAACUUCCUGCACAGCAUGGACCCGCCCCUCCUCCAUCUCAACCUGAAGCCGGCCAACAUCCUGCUGGACGACCACCUGCACGUCAAGAUUUCAGAUUUCGGCGUGAUAAAGUGGGAGGGGUGCUCAGGCAUGGCGGUGAUGGAGCAUCUGACGGCCAGAGGCAACAUCAGCUACGUUCCCCCUGAGGCCUUCUGCCAGAGCCCAGACCCCCCCACAAACAAGUACGAUGUUUACAGCGUGGCUGUGGUGGUGUGGGAGAUUCUCACACAGAAGAAGCCCUAUGCUGGGGCCAACAUGACAGAAGUAAUCAUCCGUGUGUCGUCGGGGAAGCGGCCGAGCGUGGCGAAAAUUCCAGACGACAAGCCCCGUGAGUGCCAGGACAUGAUCGCCAUCAUGCAGGAGUGCUGGCAGCAGCACCCAAAACAGAGGCCAGCCUUCUCAGACAUCAUUGAGAAGACCGAGGUCCUGAGUGAGGUUCUGAAAAUCCCUGAUGUUGGUCGUGGGCGCAAUAAGGAGAUACCUACCCUUCCAUACAGCACAAUGCCCAAUCCGAAAGAACCAGCAGCUCCGCCAUUCCCAGAGGCUGGCAAUGAGGAGGAUGCCAACGACGAUGCUUUGGAGUCCCUGACCAAGAAACACUUUGAGAAGUUCCAUCGGAGCCUGCGCCAGGAGCACGUGGCGAUGCGCUUCAAGGACAACAACUCGCUGCUGCACUACACGGUGGCCAGCGGAGACAUGGAGAGCGUGCGGCGCGUGCUCGGCCUCGGGGCACAGGUCAACGCUCAGAGCCAGCGCGGUUACACCCCUCUGAUCGUUGCUGUGCUCUGCAAACUCCACGACAUCAGCGCACUCCUCGUGCAGCAGGGGGCCGACGUGGCGCUCGGGGACUUGGACGGCUGGGCUCCGCUGCACUUCGCCGCCCAGAAUGGCGACGAGCGGGCGGCCAGGUUCCUCCUGGAGCACGGGGCGCCUCCGGACGCCACUGAGAAGGAGCAGUGGACACCGCUGCACCUGGCAGCCCAGAACGGGCACGAGGGGGUGGCGCGGGUGCUGGUGGCACGCUUGGCGGUCAUUGACGUGAGGGAGGGGCAGCACGGGCGCACACCGCUGCACAUGGCCAGCACCUAUGGGCACCUGGGCAUCGCCAAGCUGUUGUUGGGGAAGGGUGCCAACCCUUCGCUGCCUGACAGCGCUGGCGACUGCCCGCUGCACCUGGCGGUGGAGGAGGGCCGCGUGCGCAUGGUGCGGCUGCUGGUGGAACGCGGGGCGGACGUGACGAGCGCUGACGCGCGCGGACACACACCUGUGCACCUGGCGGCGGUACGCGGGCACACACUCAUCUGCCGUUACUUGUUGGGCCACGGAGAGGGUACCAACGCGCGAACUGCCCAGGGCUGGACGCCAUUACACCUGGCCGCACUGCGUGGGCACGGGGAGACAGUACUGGCAUUGGAGGCUCAGGGCGGGGAGGUGGACGCUCGCGGGUCUCAGGGCUGGACAGCGCUGCACCUGGCCUGUCACCAUGCACAGGACAAGGUGGUGACUCAGCUGCUGGCGGCAGGCGCAAAGCCGGACCUGGCGGACGACGCCGGCUGGAUGCCGCUCCACCUGGCAGCGCGCUCCGGAUGCUUCCCCAGCGCACUGCAGCUCCUCUCCCGCCAGGCCGACGUCAACGCCCGCAACCACGCCCAGGCCACUCCUCUGCACGUGGCGGCGCAGAGCGGUGCGGCCGGCAUCGUCCGGGCACUCCUGCUCAACCACGCCAGCCGCAGUGCCCGUGACAUACGAGGACACACAGCCCUCGACAUCGCCCGCAGCAAUGGUCACCAGGAGGCAGUCAAGCUACUGGAGCGAGAUGAGGAGCGGUAACACACAAAGACACACACACUCACACACAUUACACACACACACACAUGGACAUCGCCCGCAGCAAUGGUCACCAGGAGGCAGUCAAGCUACUGGAGCGAGAUGAGGAGGGGUAACACACAAAGACACACACACAAAAAACACACACACUCACACACAUUACACACACACACACACAC